CUCCAGCUCCACCUCGUCGCUUCGGUCGCCCCUCCUUAUAACCCGAGUCCAAAGGCCCCCCAAGCUUCGUCGAAUCAUCCCCCGUAUCUUAGAUCCCGGCGCGACGCGAGCCCUAGCGCGGCGGGUACAUGGCGAUCAUCUCCGACUUCCAGGAGGACGAUGCGCCGCGGCAGCCGGCGGCCCGCGGCGGCGACGAGGAGGCCCUCGCGACGGUGCUGGAGCGGAGCGGCGGCGCGCUGCCGUUCCUCCAUGCAGCCAUCGACGUCGUGCGGCGCCGCUCCGACUUCUUCCGCGACCCCGUCGCGGUGAGCAAGGUCACCGCGAUGGCGUCGGCCGCCAGAGCGCAGGUGGAGGCCGAGGAGAGGGCUGCGAAGCUGAAGGCGGAGGAGGCCAAGAGGAAGGCGGCCGAGGCCGAGGCGGAGGCGGCGGCGGCGGCGGCGGCACCAGCUCCGGCACCAGCGGCAGAGAGCUCGGGGGUGAUGGCCGAACGGGUGGUGGAGAGCUCGGUGGAGGACAACAUGGAGGUGGAUAAGGAAGGGAGCAACGUGAGACAACCAAACGCUGGCAAUGGUCUUGAUUUGGAGAAGUACUCCUGGACUCAACAGUUGCCAGAGAUUAAUAUCACCGUUCCUGUUCCUCAAGGAACAAAAUCAAGGUUUGUUGUGUGUGAGAUAAAGAAGGAUCACCUGAAUGUUGGGCUGAAGGGCCAGCCCCCUAUCAUUGAUGGUGAGCUUUACAAACCAGUUAAAGUGGAUGACUGCUUCUGGAGCAUUGAGGAUGGAAAAUCGCUGUCUAUAUUGCUCACAAAACAUAACCAAAUGGAAUGGUGGAGAUCUGUGAUAAAAGGUGAUCCUGAAGUUGAUACCCAAAAGGUGGAACCAGAGAGCAGCAAACUCUCUGAUUUGGAUCCGGAAACUAGGCAAACUGUGGAGAAAAUGAUGUUUGACCAACGUCAGAAGCAGAUGGGCCUUCCAACCAGUGAUGAAAUGCAGAAGCAAGAAAUACUCAAAAAAUUCAUGGCUGAGCAUCCCGAGAUGGACUUCUCCGGAGCGAAGAUAGCUUGACGUUGUUGGAUUGAAGGCAAUCAGGUGGGAGGUGUUGAAUGGAGAAACUCUUGGUGUCUUUGUGCGUAGUGUUUUGCCUAUGGUAGCUGAUAGGUUAUUGGUUGGGACAGAUUGCCACUGUGUUUUGUUUCUGAACCAAUCAACUGCCGAAUUAUCUUAAUUUUUGCGAGAUUCGAUCGUAGACA